UAAACCAAAACAGUGCAGAUUGCAAUCAAUGCUCUCUGAAAAUUGUACGAACAAUAAUGAAUAAUUUGAAUAAUCACAAAUUAAUAAAUAAACGCAUUUUAGAAUUCUAUGUAAGCCAUAACAAGUUUGAACUUGAAGAAAUUCGAAAGUACCUACAUGAUAAUUGGUCGUUAAAUUUUGAAGCAUUGUAUGGAUUGUAUAAAUAUAUGUUAAAUCCAGUUCUGGCAGAUUACAAUUACGAGAAGUCUUUAGACUCUUUUCGAAAAUUAUUGCCAAUAUUUGAAGGCAUACAUUUCUUGUACAGCAACGCUCAAUUGGAUUUAAAAAAGUUUAAUUUUGAAUGGCUUGGAGUAAAUUCCAAAUAUUUGCUGGAAACUUUAGAGUCAAAUGAAUUUGCAGAAACGUGUACCGUAGAAAAAACUCUAGUAUUAACUUCAGUUCUGGAAAAUGCGUUGGCAAAUUUGUUCUUUGUAACUACUGAUAAUUGUACACCACCGCAUUUGUUGCGUGACUUAUUAGGCUCAAAGGAGCUCGACAAUAUAUUCGGGCUAGAAAUAAUGUCCUUAUUAAAAAUAAUAAUGGGUACGCCCAAUGCAAUCAAUUUACGGAACAUUGUAUGGCAUGGCUUUCCAAAACCUGAAGAAAUACCAAAUUAUUAUGUCACAAUACUAAUCAUUAUUAUGCAUAGCUUGGGCUCGGAGCUUAAAAGUAAACAUAUUGUUCAGUUGAUGGAGCGUCCAAAAGCUUCAGACUUUAAAAUACUAUGUGAGAAAGUUUUAAACCAACUUAUAUUGCCUUCAGAGUUCGUAAAUGAGAGUAAAGGCUUUGAACAAAUUAAAAAUCAUGUGUGGCUACACAAAGCUUUUAAGCAGUACUGGUAUCGGCUAUUCCAAUAUUAUGAAAGAAAACAGUUUCGGAAUUUCGUARUAUUGAUCAUACCGCAAAUCGAAUUAUUACUUCGAUUCAUAUAUGCACAAGCAAAUAAUUUUGAUGUUUCUGCCAAGUUGGAUGAGUACUAUAUUACAAUGGAUUCAAUAUUUGAGUGUAAUAUUACCACUGAACAAAUAGUAAAAACAAGCUAAUAAAUGGGAAUAUUAUUAAAGCUAUUGGAACAGCGCGAAUUACAUUCUAGAAGGCGUCGUACUCUGGAGCGCAUGCUGGAAGCUCUGCCG